CGUUCUGUGGCUUUUACCUCAAACCGAACCUGGGAGAGAGAAUUCAGAAUAAACCGUGCCCGUUACAUUUGUGAUUGGGCUCUGACGCGGCCGGUGUCCGGUUUGUCUAAAUUUGUUUCGCGGGAAUUUCCGAGCCGUCGGUGGCGUCACGUGACCCGGGUUGCCGUGGUGAGGCGUCCGAGGGUUGCCCUGGUAACGCCACGGCCUGACUAUGGAGUACACGGGCAGCCGUUACCGAGGGGAGAAGAGGGAGGACAGAUUGGAAGGUAAAGGAGAAUAUACUCUCCCUACAGAAACCCGCUAUGAAGGAGAGAUGAAGGACGGAAUGUUCCAUGGCCGGGGAACGCUGUACUUCCCGAAUGGAAGUAAAUAUGAAGCUCAGUGGGAUUGCGGUAUAGCGCUGGAGGGAAAAUACACGUUUGCUGACGGACUUCAAUAUGAAAAGGAGAAAUGGCAGUACUGUGAUGGCUACGACAGAAGAUUUUAUACUGAAAUUUGCCACGGAUUAAAACCUGCAGGUCGCUCCCAGCUUACAAAUUUAGAUCCUCCUAGACAAAUUCCGCAAGGCUGUUACGAUUGCGGCGAUGGAUUUUAUGACCCAGUCAGUCGUGUGGUGAAUGACUACAAGCACAGAUUCCUUCGGAAUGCAGAUGAUGAUGAACAUGAGUGGAUAAUUCGGACCUGUAGAAAGGGAUGGGAUGAAAUUACAGGAUACAAACCUAAACAUGAUCCAACAACCACCUCAACGUCAUCUCAGUAGUUAUUGUAAGCAACGUUCAUAAAUGUGCGAACUGAUCUUCUGAAUAUUAAAGGUGAAACAUACCACCAAAUGUAUGUUAUCUCUAGCGUACACAAAUAUUGAUGCUUCAAUAAAUAUGCCAUUUUCAUACCGUU